AUGGGAAAGAAGCUGAAGAAGUCUUUGGAUAUUGAGAAAGGAGCACCGUGUGUCGACUGUGGUAAGCUAUUUUCAACGAAACAUCAUCUCGAAGAACAUCGUAAAGUUAAACAUGAAGACAAACCUUUCAAAUGUGAAGAAUGCGACAAGAAUCUACAGUCACGUAAAGGACUACAAAUACACAUUAAAACUCAUUCACAUGACCUGCUUAAGUGUGCAAAGUGUAAGGCGAAAUUCGCAUUUGCAUCGGAUUUGAAAAAACAUUGGAAAUCAAUUCAUAGUGGUAAGUAG